AUGAGUGGAAGCAAUGCAGGAACCCGCCCAGGUCCACUUUCUCCGAGGGCCAAUGACAUGGACGCUGGCGGACGGCUCAAAGUCGAGUCUGUUCCUAUCGGCAAGGGGGCUAUUUUUGCCCGGACGCGGGGACAUGGCUCCAGAUGUGGACAUGGACACGAAAGAAUCUCCGCCCUGAUGGGUCUUGUCAUGCCAAUCUGUCAACGAGGAAACCCCCCUAAAGUGCUCGCUUUGUUCAGGUGUUCAGCGACGCAGCCAAGAGCCGGGAGCGCAUACAAUUUGGCACGACAGGCAACUGCAUCCGCCGACGAGCCGCCUUAUGCCAAUGCGCCCAAUAGUGGCGGCGCCCUCUUGUAUGUGUGUGUUUGGUCGGCGGCUUCUCUGCCGUCGUCCAACUGCGGAGUACAAAGUUCCGGACAUGCGUGCUGGGUGGGCAACUGAGCAUAUCCAGCGUGCACAAGUCGCUCAUUAACCGACGGUGGGCCCAAACCAGUUAGAGCGAGCGUCAAGAUCGUGAGACGACACGAGUCGGUCUGCAGGGGAGGCUGUCCAACUCAUUUCGUUUAUGUCGUCGAGCCCUGCGCUGAUUCGCCCGCCGCGACGAGCAUCAAUAAACGACUCACAACGGCGGCCAAUGUCGACUAUGGCCAUAACUUCCCCUAUUCCGUACUGUUCCAAGCACUGUCCACCAGACGGCGCCGUCGCCGC